GUUCAGCUCACACUUUAUUCGUCUCUCUUCAUCUGAUUAGUUUAGUGAUUUCUGUCUGAUUAGAUAACAUAUAUUGAUUAUUAUAAAUCAGGUUUUUUAUUCUCAAUAUUUGUUAGUAAAAUAAUUAAUUGUUGUUUUGGAUCUGCACAUAAAAAGAUACACAAUAUCACCAGAAUUACGUAUUAAUUCCAUAUAAUUGAUGAAGAUCUGUUCGUUUAAUCCUAUUGCACUUAAGCUGCUGUGAAGCUAGAAACAUUUUUAUUGAUCAGCUCCUGAUUUAUCAGAUAUUGAUCAGUCAGCUGCUGAUUGAUCUUUUGCUCCUGAUGUUUUUGUUUCUAGUAAAGUUAAACGACCUUUGGCGACGGCCUCACGCCUCACAGACUCUGACAGAAUCACCCAAUCAGAGAUGACGCUCUGCCUCGUUUAAUUUGACUGACAGGAACUCCAGCCAAUGGCAGUGCGCCUGCGCAGCUGGCAGUGUUGUAGGAGGGCGGGGCGAGGCGCCGCUCGGCAGUACAGCGGAAGAAAAUGGCGGCCGUGGCUGCAGAGCCAGGAGCUGCGGCGGUUCCGACAACAACAAUUACCGCGGCGACAGACGACGAGGGCCCGCCAGAACCGGGCCCGGCCGGCCCGGGACUCCCAGGAGCCCCGCUGGAGACCGACGGGCCGCGGGAGUACGGUCCGGCUGUGGAGCUAGUCGUCCCCCGGGUGGAGGAUGGUGGGGACGGGGAGGAGCGCCGCCAUGUCAGGCCGGAGCUGGAGCCCGCGGCGGGAAAAGCACUCUCUGAUAACGCCGUAAACGAUGAACUGAUCAAUAACUUCCCGGUGGACCGGAUCAGCAUGGACCGGUUUUCUCCCGGAGUACCGGGGGAUUCAGAGGGCGGCGGGAACGUGUCGGUGCAGGCGGUGUACCACAGCAUCCUGGCGGACCCGCAGCCCUCCGCCGUCUUCCUGCACUCCUUCCCGGCUCCCCCGCCCGUCACCGAGGCCGGGCUGUCUCUGGCCGAACCGGCGGAACCGACCACCAACGUGACGACGGAUCGGGCCGAGAACGCGGGCCGAGACAGAGGCUACACGGCUCUGGUCCAACCGGAGCUCAGGCCCGGCCCCGCGGAUGACGCCAUGUUGGACGGUACCGCGGACAGACUGUCGGUGCCGGACAGCCUGGACCCGGAGACGAGGUACGGUAAAAACUCAGCGGGAACCGAGGAGCUGUCGGGCCGCGGCCUGCAGGACUCCUCCCCGCCCUGCUGGUCCCCUAAGAGGCGGCUGAUGACGGACAUCGUGAAGCAGGAAAAACCCACCGGUGAAGAGUCCUCCCGGUCGGAACCCGGACCUGAAGCCGGUCUCGGUGCUCCACCGCUCGCCUCCGUGCAGGAUCUGAGUCCCGGGUCCGAUGUCCGGGUCUCCCUGGACCACGUCAUCGAUGACGCGCUGGUGGUGUCCUUCAGGCUGGGAGAGAAGGUGUUCUCCGGGGUGCUGAUGGAUGUUUCCAAAAGGUUCGGACCAUACGGUAUUCCCAUCACGAUGUUUCCCAGACGGGACGACCGGAGUCGACCUCAGAUGUCUGUGCAGUCGCAGCUGGCCAAUGAUGACCCAGCCACCAAACAGGAAGAGGUCAUUGGCAGCUCUUCGUCCCCGCACCCGCCUCACCCCUGGACCUCCAAACCACCACCGCUGUUCCAGGAGGGGGCGCCAUACCCUCCUCCUCUGUUCAUCAGGGACACCUACAACCAGGCCUUACCUCAGCCGCUGCCACGCAAGAUCAAACGGCCAAAGCGGCGCUAUCGCUGUGAGGAGCCGACCUCCAUCAUGAAUGCCAUCAAACUCCGCCCCCGCCAGGUCCUCUGUGACAAGUGCAAAGGUGUGGUGGCGUCAGGCGGGCAAAGGGAGGCACGGCGGGGCCCGGUGGAUCUGAGAGGUGAGGAGGCGUCCCGGCGGCGGCGACCAGCUGAGGGACCAAUCUCCUCUGAGGUCAAACGGCUGAGGAGCGAUGACAAAGGAGCACGUACUGCAGCCGAGAGACGCUCAUCAUCAGGGAUACGUGUGUCAUCUUCAUCAUCAUCUGCCUCUCGUCGUGUCCUGAGGGGCGUGGCUUCAUCCUCAUCGCCGUCCUCGUCCAGCCGCAUGUGUCUGAAGCUGAACUCUAAAAAGGUUCUGGCCAAAGGUUCUGCUGUCGAUCGCUCCAAAGCGCGGCAGGUUCUGAAGAAGCUAGUGAGGAGUUCUCAGCCACCGCCGCAUCGCCGGCCCAAAGACCAGAAUCAGAUCCAGGAUCAGACCCAGGACCAGGACCGCACCAAGGCUGUGACCCGAGCCGCCGCCCUGCAGAACCACAACCAGAAGGUCCACUUCACUCGCCGCCUGCAGCACCUCAGUGGCGCUGCUGUCAGCUCGAGCUCCCACACAUCGCUUCCACCGAGAAUGCGCCUCAAACCUCAAAGGUAUCGUACCGACGACAGCCAGGCGCCCUGCUCUUCCUCUUCCUCGUCCUCCUCCCCGCCAAAACAGAGCGCACGCUCGUCACCUCCUAAACCUGCUUUAAGCCCUGCCCCGACACCCACAUCAAGCCCAGCCCCGCCCUCUCCCUCAUCAACAGCUCCUCCUCCAUUGCCCCCCUCCUGUGCAGCCAGUGUUGCCGUGGAGACGCAGGAGGUUCGCCCCCCUGAGGAGGAGGGGGCGGAGCAGGGAGAGGGAGGAGAUGAUAGGCAGAUAGUGGAGCCUCUCCCCCCCCCCUCCUCUUCCUCCUCCUCCUCCUCCUUGGACUCUUCCCACUCAGAGUGCAGCUCCACAGAGACCUUUGACCUUCCCCCUCCUGGAGACCCGCCCUCCUCCUCUGCUCUUGCUCCUGCUCCCCCUCCCUCCUCCUCCUUUUUAGGGCCUCGGUGUCCCUCCUCUUCCUCCCCAGUUACUCCACCCCCCAGAGCCGAUGGCGAGGAGACACAGGCCGGUGGCGAGCAGCAGGAGGAGGAGGAGGGCGGUGAAUUGAAGAGGCGUCGUAAGUCUUCCACAUCCUCCUCCUCCUCCUCGUCUUCGUCGUCCUCCUCUGUCUUCUCCAAGUUGGUGUCCAAGUGUUCGCUCCCCGACGGUCGGACGGUGUGCGGCGACAUCGUCUGGGCGAAGAUCUACGGCUUCCCCUGGUGGCCGGCGCGUGUGCUCGGCAUCACGGUGGCGCGGCGCGGCGACACGGGGCUGGCGGUGCGGCAGGAGGCUCGCGUGUCCUGGUUUGGCUCCCCCACCACCUCCUUCCUGCCGCUCACCCAGCUGUCGCCCUUCCUGGAGAGCUUCCAGUCCCGCUUCGACAGGAAAAGGAAGGGGCCGUACCGCCGCGCCAUCGCUGAAGCCGCCAGUGCUGCCAAACAGCUGACGCCUGAAGUCCGGGCGCUGCUCACGCAGUUCGAGACGUAGCAGCAACCAAAAGCUGCCCUGCCCCCUCCCCAUAUGCCACGCCCCUUCCAACUCUGCCCCCCCCACAACAUGAAGUAGGAGGAGCUUGUCCCUCCCCCUCCCCAAACUGAUACUUGUCUGUCUGUCAGAGACUGAUGCAGACAGAUGGACAAUGUUCAUGUUUCUGUUUCCUGUUCUGUUGUUCCUGUUUGGAGGAGGGGGCGGAGCUUCAGAGUUACCUGUCAGUGUUCAGGGGAGCAGUGGGUGGGGCGUAUAUCUCUGCGGAAACCUCGCCCUGUCUUCACAAAAGUCCUCAGUUUCAAGCAGGUGUCAGUCAGUGACAGCGUUUCCACUCGCCUCACCGUCACAGCGACGUCUUUGCUCAGUCUGUUAAAGGGUCACUUGCUAAGUUUACACAUCGUCAGUUUACUGACGUGGUUAGAGAAUAACCCUGAUGAUGUCACAGUGAUGUAAUCAGACUGCAGAUGUCUAACAUACAGUCUGUGUAACAAACUGGAGGUGUGGAGGUGCAUUAUGGGGAAUGUAGGAUCCAGUGUUUCUGGACUAAAACUCCGGAUAUCUUUGACCGUUCUGUUUUUAAUCUGUCUCGCUCACAAAAAAACUAAAUCACUGGAGUGCUGCCCUGAAAAUUCAGCCUGGUGAUUGGCUGACAGAGCUGCGUUACAUCACGAUGUCACACAUUUACUUCAGUAAUAAUGAAUCAACAAAUAAGAAUCAGUAAUGUAAAAAUAAACACUAAAUUACAUCCAAACAGUAGAGCUAACCUGCCAGCUAAGCUGGGCUCAACUGUACUGGACACAGAGUUUAUCUUUGAUGUUCGAUUGAUUAUAAAGAUCGAUUGAUCAAAAUGUCCAACACUUUGUUUUUCUAAUAUUUUCUCGCUCCCGAAUCACAGAUUUUAAUCGUCGUGUAAGUUCGGAUUUGACGCUGUCAUGCGCUUCAGUCCCGACAUGUUUUUCCCUCGUUGGUCCGGCGGUGGCGGCGGUGUGAAACGCUGUGACACGCUGACGUGUCACUUCCUGUUGUGUUGGUUCUCCUGGUUCCUCUGGGUUCUGCUGAGGAACGCCCACAGACUGAAAACAUUUAUUUUAUUUUCACAGAAGCUUUGUUUCCGUUCACAAAGACAAAAAUAUUAAAACUGUGAAACACGGUGUUGUUCAAACUGAGGCCGAGGGUCCCAAACAGGGUCUAGUGCUGAGUCACAGCGGUCCAGACCGUCUGAGGUUUUAGUUUUAUCAUGUGAUCACGUCUGUUUGUUCUGAUUGAUGCAGACAUGACAAGAAGUCUUCUCUGAUUGGUUCAUAAAGUCAGCUGGGUCAAAUACUGAACAACAUUUCUGGGUUCAUCGGUCUGUUACAGAGCUGUUGAUGUUUGAUCAGUCAGACUACGUGAUCAGUAAUCAAACUUAUUGAUCGUCACAGUUUAUCAGCGUGUCAUUGAUUAGAGAAAAUUCUGCUGCUGACCCUCGAGCCUCAUUUUCUCAACACCAGACUGACAGACGGACAGGUAGGACAGGUAGGACACACUGACUGUUAGACAGGACGGCUGCUCUGCUCUCACGACGAUGAUGAAGGUGGAUUUUCCCUCUCUGCUGUUUAUGAUUUCAGCUGUCAGACUCUUUUUACCGUCUGUUUGCAGAUCAGAGAUCCUGAACUAAAAACUGUUGGGACAAAAUAACGGAAACACGGACAAAAAUAAAAAAUAACAGAAUCCGUCUGAGAGUCGACCUGUGUACAUGUUCUUUUUUUCUGAUGUUUUUGAUCUAUUAAAAAACUGUCAAACUUC